AUGACCCACUCAUGCUGCUCCUCUUGCUGCCAGCCUACGUGCUGCAGGACCACCUGCUGCCGGACCAUCUGCUGCCAGCCCAGCUGCUGUGGGUCCAGUGGCUGUGGACACAACUGCGGUGGGUCUAGCGGCUGUGGCUCCAGCUGCUGCCAGCCUUGCUGCCGCCCAACUUGCUGUCACACCACCUGCUGCCGGACCACCUGCUGCCAGCCCAGUUGUUGUGGGUCCAGCGGCUGUGGGUCCAGCGGCUGUGGACAAAACUGCUGUGGGUCCCACUGCUGCCAGCCAGUUUGCUGUACCCCCGUGUACUGCACGAGAACCUGCUACCACCCCACCUGCUGCUGCCUGCCUGGGUGCCUAGCCCAAGGCUGUGGAUCCUGCUGCCAGCCCUCCUGCUGCUGA